CCCAAGUUCGGAUCACUCWUUAUUAAGAAUUUUGAGUUGGUAGCAACUAGCAAUUAGCAAUGCAAUCCGAACGAGAACGAAAUUGAAGGAAUGAACGACUUUUUAUUAUUUCACGAUUAGGAUUGUUUUUUUCACAGGUUUGACCCGUUCAAUUUGAUCCGUUCGUUCGCGUCUCGCGAACGAUACAUCUCUACUAUGAACAGUAUUAAGUUGUCGGCUCAAAAUCAUUGGUCGAAUGACGACUCAAAAUUUGGUCAGCGGAUGCUUGAAAAAUUUGGUUGGUCUAAAGGAUCUGGUCUUGGAAAAAAUAAACAAGGAAUAUCAGAAAAUAUAAGAGUUGUACAUAAGGUGAAACCUACAGGAUUUGGAUUUGUAGCAAAUAAUGCAGAUGAUUGGUUCAAAGCAGGCGAAGAAUAUUCACGCUUAUUAUCACAGUUAACAGAGAAGUUUGACCAGUAUCAAGAAUUAUCAGAAUUAAAUGGAGAUACAGCUACUAAAAAAUCACUUGUUCAAAAUUCUUUGAAUUCAAGAUCAAGAGUUCAUUACCACAAAUUUACCAGAGGCAAAGACUUAACACAAUACAAAAGAGAAGAAUUGACAUGUAUACUUGGAAAAGGUGUUAAAGAUGAUGGUCAAAUUUUAAAUGGUUUGAACAUGAAAGAAUAUUUUAAAUCCAAAAAAGRACGUUCAAAAAUGCAUAAAGAUAAACAUGAUACAUCAUCAAGUGUUGAAGAUAAUAUGAUUAAUAAUAAUGACAAUAUGCACGAAGAAAUUAUUGUUAAAGAAGAUAAAGAAACUGAAACUGAAAWUGAAUUAAAUACAAUGCUACUGAAAAAAAAUAAACGCAGAGCUAAACAGAUGAAAGAAACAGAACUUGUACUACCAAAUUAUGACGACAUUCAGUUAGAGAAUAAAAAGAAAAAAACGAAACAGCUCUCCUGUGAAAAUGUUGAAUCGUCAAAAAAAAAAAUUAAGAAAAGUAAAUUACCCAUAAAUGAGGAUUUAGAUGAUAAAUCAGAAGAAAACAACAACAAAACAUUAGAAGAAAAUGACCUUGAUGUCCAAGAAUCGGAGUUAGUUUUGACACAUAAAUAUCAAAAUUUGGUUGACCUCUUGAUAGAUAACAGUUCUGCUGGUAAAAAAUAUUGCAAUGAUUCAACAAGUCCUUUAUUUCAGGAGAAAAUGAAAGAAUUUGCUGAUAAUGUUAAACACCAAUUUUCGACCACAGUUUGUUCUGCUGAUAUAAAAUCAUCAUUAAAAAAAGAUACAACUUUUAAACCAAUAAUUUUGAAUCCAGACGACAAAAAUUUUAUUAACGACUUUGAAGAUCAAAAAUCCAAAGCUCUUGAGAUUAUAUCUAAACGUCAACAAUUGGCGAAAUACGUAAAUGAAAAAUCUAUGUUUAUUGCCAAUCAUGGAGAUGUGUUAUUCUUUGGUAGUAACAUAAAUGAUAUCAAAGGGUAUGGCGAAUGGUGAAUUAUAUU